GAUGUACAAAGGGCUAUAUAAAUACAUUUGAUUUGAUUUGAUUUGAUAUUCAUAAUAUUUCAGUUAACAAUUUAAUCAGCACCCAGAUUAGUCUUCAAUUUAAUUUUCACCCAGAUUAGUGUUUAAUUUAAUCUGCACCCAGAUUAGUGUUCAAUGUGAUAGAGCAAAACUCAGUACAGCACAUGAAUUAGAAAAUGUUGUUACAAAUUUGAGCCACGAGAUGGUGGUAGAUUAUAAAUUUAAAUAGCAUGGACCUUUGAUUUGUCUCUGGAUAGAAAUGACCCUUGGGCACAGAUCUAGGAUCAGUUUACUCUCACCAAAUCCUAACCUUUACCAUUAGCAGUAAAAACACAAACCAGACCUAAGAUCAGUGCAAAGGAGCCACUUCAUCUUACCCCUGUAAUUAUAUGACUCCUAACUUAUAUAUACUGAGUGUACCACGCCAUUGACCUGGGUAUGGCCUUCCUUGUGCAGUAGAUCAAUGGUCCUCUGGCUCAACACCUUAUGGAUGUAACAUAGAGACAAAUGGACUGUAUGGAACACAUUCUUGGUUCAUGGAAACCAGGAGGACAACCUGCAUGUGUCUCUGUCUCCCAGGGGCUACUCUACGGUUGGACACCUGGGAUGGGUGGGCGGAGUUCCUCAGAGGCUGCUUCCUGGGACACAGACUGACCGUCCAACGACACCUGUCUAGGGAGAGACCUGUGAUGAGGUUCCAGCUCCGGGUGGCACUCUACAUCGCUGCUUCUCUGGGCCACCUGGACCUGGCCGGCUGGCUGCUGGAGAGGGGGGUGCGUGUCAUUGAGCCGGUGGGGGUUCACCCUUACCGUGAGUGGUGCCACCAGACGGCCCACCCCGACGUCGCCAAGUGUCCCGCUGUCGCCUCCAUCGAGCGAGGCCAGCUCACCAUCCUCAAACUCUGUAUCGCCAGCAGCGUUCUGACCCUUGCCUGUCAGGAUCCCCUGAGGAUCGCCCUUCAGUACGGCCACAGGGAGCGUGUGAGUCACCUGGCCACCAAGCUGUGCUCUGUGGUGGUCCUCCCAGGUAUGGCCCUGCCCAUGCGGACAUACCUCCAGAUAAAGGGCUGGGUGAGGCUGGGGCAGAGGAGGGCAGCAUCCAGGCACUACAUGGGCCUCAACAGGGCUCCGUUCAGGACCAGGGUGGGCGACACGGUCCUGGUGGACGGCUUCACCCUCCCCAAGAUGUCCUCCAAGCCCAGGAGGAGUGAGGCCAAGGCAGGUAUCAGGGUGAUGUCCACAGCCUCUCGACGUUUGACCCCCAUCAACUGCCCAUCUCAUGCAACCUGCCCGCUCCGCGCCCUGGCAUCCCAGGAUAAACCUCUUCAACUACCGAAGCAACACCCUGUGGCCACGAGGGAUGAAAGAGAGAAGAAGAGGGGAUGUGGAGGGAAGGGAUGUGAGGAGGAUGAGAGUGGGGAUCAGAACAGCAACCAAUGGAGGAGCAGAGUCCCGCUCCCGCCCAUUUCCAGAGACACCAAUCUCAGACCUGUGUUUGCCUCGCCAAACUCCGCCCAGAUCCUCACCACCUCACUGGAGGCCUUUUCUCUCCACUGCGACCGCACACCCAGAGAAAACGCCAUAUACUGUUUGGCCUUGGCCAGUGCCUUCACACAGAGACCAUGGUUGCAGCAGCUGAAUGUAGCGCGGACUCUGUCCAGGAGGAGUGCUCAGCACAUUGGGUAGACACCAGGAUCCUGGUCAUUAGGCAGAUUAAACAUACUGAAACAAGGAGGGACAACCUGAAAUUGUCCAAAAAGGAACUCU